CUCCUCUGCCCUCUGUGGCUUCCCAGAUUCCUCUGAAGCAAAAGAUUAGAGAAGGAUCCUCAUCCAGCAGCAGGACACAGCGGUGAACCUUGCCUGCUCCUGCCCAGGAAAGGCCGGGAGGAAGAGGCCAUAAACCACCCAGACCUCUCCUCCGUCCCUUCAUCUACUCAUCGCAUCUGGAGACCCAAUGGCCCAAGCCCACUGGCGCUGCUACCCCUGGCUUGUUCUCCUCUGUGCAUGUGCCUGGAGUUACCCACAGCCUGGGUACCUUGGAAGAGAAGAUGUGAGAAACUGUUCAACUAACCCUCCGCACCUGCCGGUUACUGCAGUCAAUACAACAGUGCAGCUUGCAGCCCUCCGCCAGCAGAUGCAGGCCUGGAAUCUCACUGCCUACAUCAUUCCAGAUACAGAUGCACACAUGAGUGAGUAUAUUGGCAAACACGAUGAGAGGCGAGCAUGGAUUUCCGGCUUCACAGGAACCGCAGGUACUGCCGUGGUGACCGUGGGGAAAGCAGCUGUCUGGACCGAUAGUCGUUACUGGACUCAGGCUGAGAGGCAGAUGGACUGCAACUGGGAACUCCAUAAGGAAGCUAGCGUCUCUUCCAUUGUCGCCUGGAUCCUUGCUGAAGUCCCUGCUGGAGGGCAUGUGGGCUUUGACCCCUUCCUCUUCUCUGUUGAUUCCUGGGAUGACUAUAAUGUGGAAUUCCAUAACUCCAACAGACACCUGGUAUCCGUGACAACCAACCUUGUGGACCUGGUAUGGGGGUCGGAGAGGCCCCCAAUGCCAAGCCAGCCCAUUUAUGCCCUGCCAAAAGAAUUUACAGGGAGUACUUGGCAGGAGAAAGUAACCACCGUCCGAAGCUAUAUGCAGAACCAUACCAUGGCUCCAACUGGUCUCCUCCUAUCAGCACUUGAUGAGACAGCUUGGCUCUUCAACCUCCGUAGUAGUGACAUCCCCUACAACCCCUUCUUCUACUCCUACACGCUGCUCACGGACUCUUCUAUCAGGUUGUUUGUCAACAAGAGCCGCUUUAGCCCCGAGACCCUGCAGUACCUGAAUACAAACUGCACGUCACCCAUGUGUGUGCAGCUUGAGGACUACAGUCAAAUUCGUGAGAGUGUAAAGGCCUAUGCCCUAGGCAACGUAACGAUCUUGAUUGGGCUCAGCUAUACCACCUGUGGGCUCUAUGAAGUGAUACCUAAGGAGAAAGUCGUGACAAGCACCUACUCCCCCGUAAUGCUAAUGAAGGCUGUGAAGAACAGCAAGGAACAGGCCCUCCUGAAGGCCAGCCAUGUGCGGGAUGCUGUGGUUGUGAUCCAGUACUUGGUCUGGUUGGAGAAGAACGUGCCCAAAGGCACGGUGGAUGAGUUUUCUGGGGCAGAACACAUUGAUGAGUUACGACGGAAUGAAGAUUUCUCCUCUGGACCCAGUUUUGAAACCAUCUCUGCUAGUGGCCUGAAUGCUGCCCUGGCCCAUUACAGCCCAACUAAGGAGCUGCACCGCAAGCUGUCCUCAGAUGAGAUGUACCUGGUGGAUUCUGGAGGGCAAUACUGGGAUGGGACCACAGAUAUCACCAGAACAGUGCAUUGGGGCACCCCUACUGCCUUCCAAAAGGAAGCAUAUACACGUGUGCUGAUGGGCAACAUCGAUCUGUCCAGACUCAUCUUUCCUGCUGCAACAUCAGGGAGAAUUGUGGAUGCUUUUGCUCGAAGAGCCUUGUGGGAAAUUGGGCUCAAUUAUGGUCAUGGGACAGGCCAUGGCAUUGGCAACUUCCUCUGUGUGCAUGAGUGGCCAGUGGGAUUCCAGUCUAACAACAUUGCCAUGGCCAAGGGCAUGUUCACUUCCAUUGAACCUGGAUACUACCAGGAUGGGGAGUUUGGAAUCCGUCUUGAAGAUGUGGCCCUUGUGGUCGAAGCAAAGACCAAGUACCCAGGGACUUAUCUGACUUUUGAAGUGGUGUCCUUUGUGCCCUAUGACCGAAACCUCAUUGAUGUCAGCCUACUGUCCCCGGAGCAGCUCCAGUACCUGAACCGUUACUACCAGACCAUUCGUGAGACUGUUGGCCCAGAACUGCAGCGUCGACAGCUGCUGGAGGAGUUUGCAUGGCUGGAGCGGCACACAAAACCCCUGUCAGCCUUGGCCCCUCCUUCCACCUCUUUGACUUCUGUGUGGAUAGCCUCUGCUCUUGCCAUCCUCAGCUGGAGUGGCUAGAGCCGCCGUCCCCCCCGCCCUCCCCGUUCUCCGGUGGACUGUUCAGACUGUUCGCUUGGGUUUGGGAUUCAUUUGCUCUUGCUUAGCUAGCCUCCCUCCCUCUGUGUUAUACAUGUCCCAAGAGCCCCUGCUGGCCCAUCACCUUGCCGUCACUCUCCGAGAAGCUUCCUCCAGAUCCAGACCCCCAGGCAGCACAUUCUACCUUCUCCCGGAUGUGCAUGCCUCAUCAUGGACUCCCACCCCCCUGGGCCCUGGGAUAGCAGAGCCACUGUAGCCUGCUACAGUGAGACCCUGUCUCCCAAAGUAAAGGAGCCUAUAGGCUAAUGCCCCUAUUCAUAGGGCUCCAUAACCCAGAGGGCCCCAUCCUAUCCUACUUGCUGAAGAGAGCGAGAGCUGUUCCCACCCACGCUGACUCCAGACUUUCAGGGCUGCCUCGGCCACCCUUAUUUACCCCCAGGCCUACAGUGGCCUCCUGGCUCUAGACUGUAGAGUUGAAGGACUAUGGUGACUCAGGCCUGCCUGCUCUACCUGUGCAAGGAGGUGGCUGGGUGCUCUGGUUGCAGACUACCACUCUAGCACUGGGGAGAACAGAUGAGUGGAAGUCAGCUGUGGCCUGGAACUGGAGACCUGUCAGGAACAUGCAUCAGUCCUCUCCCCACAUGUGAACCCACAGCUCCUAAACCACCAAUGUGCUCCUUGACAAGUGAUCACGUAGGGAGUUAAGACAGAGGACUUUGCCUGUGAAGAGAGAAUGGCAAAGGUACUCUGGAAUGUGGGGAUCAACCUGGGCAGGAUAGCCACACUCUCCUGGACUCCUCUGGCACUCAGGGGGCAUUGUAACCUUCU